AUGUCGAAGGACCCCAACCUAAAUCCGUUUCUGCUCGCAGCAAACACCCCGGAUCCUGACCACCGACUCCUGCCUUUGCUUCGCUCCAGACCAGAGUUAGCGUCUGCGCAAGAUGCACAUGGUUAUUCGCUUCUACAUGCCGCGGCUUCUUAUAAUCAUGCGGAUCUCUUACGGACGCUGGUCAAUGAGUUCAACGUGGAUGUGAACUUGAAAGAUGAGGACGGGGAAACAUGCUUGUUUGUGGCCGAGACGGUAGACAUCGCAAAGUGCCUGGUGGAGGAGUUACACGUGGACCUCACAGUACAAAAUGACGAAGGUAUGAAUGCGCUCGAGAAGUUCGAGUCCGAACAGGAUUUCCCAGAAGUCGCAGAAUACCUCCAUACCCUUCCCUCACUAGAUCCUACCGCGACAUCUACACAUUCUGGGUCGAUCUCCAAUGGAGCUUCCCGCCCUGCACCCCUUCCACCCAAUGUAUCUAUCAACAUCGGCACCGAAGACGACACGUCACGGGCUACACUUGACCAAGAACCCGACCCUGAAUUUAGGCGAAGGAUAGAAGAGCUGGCAGCCAAGGAGAAUUUUCACACCGCAGAAGGCCAGAGAGAACUGCGCGAGCUGAUCACGGACGCAGUGAGAGAUGUGGGAAAUGAAAGCCGGGAUGUCAGGAGACGUUUCGAGUAA